AUGUCUCAACAUGAUCAAGUUCCCUGGUUUUAUAAUGUUUCUCUCUUGAAUCAACGAGAACAACUGCCUCAUAUUGAUUGUAGUUUCUUGCCUCGUUUGUUGGAGGAUUCAAAUCUUGGUGAUAUUGUUCAUGAAGUUGAAGAAGAAGAAGAAGAAUUUAUAUUUAUAGAAGCAGGGGAGAAUGUUGAAGUUGAAAAUAUGGAAACAGCAAUGGAGUAUGAAGAAGAAGAAGAGGGGGAAGAGGUGGUGGAAGAUCAAUUUGCUGAUGAUGAGGAACAAGAAGCAUGUGCUAUCUGCUUGCUUGAAUAUAAAGAUGAAUAUACAAUUGCCACACUUCAAUGUGGCCAUAAAUUUCAUGCUGAAUGCAUCAACAAGUGGUUGCAGAGGAAAGAUACAUGUCCUUUUUGUAGAGCUUCAGUUUAUCCCACAGCACAAGUGGUUGCAGAUAGGGGCCUCCAGAAGCAAACUCAUGCACCAAAACCCCAACGGCUCAAUCCAGGCUGCUUUUAUACAUUUCACAUGAGUACACAUCCUCAUGACUUUUCUGGAUCAAACUCCUUCAAUCAAGAUCUGUCCAACUCAAUGCAGGCUGCUUUGUAA